AUGUCAGAAGAAGAAAUUGCUAAAGAAAUCAAACAAAUGACCCUAAACGCUGGCGACAGCUGGGCUGAUACUGUAGAAGCUCCUGUAACAACAACUUCACUUUUGGAUGAAGAAUUGGAUAAACAACAACAUGAUCCAACAAAUCCUCUCUACAGUCAACAAAUUAAAUUCGAGAAUAUGAAAUUAAAGCCUGAACUUUUGAAAGGAAUUUACUCUAUGCACUUUAAAGAACCAUCUAGUAUUCAAGCAAAAUCACUUCCUAUUAUUUUGGAAGAAGAUGUUAACUUGAUUGCCCAAUCACAAAGUGGUACUGGUAAGACUGCUUGCUUUGGUCUUGCCAUGCUUCAGGCUGUUGACGAAAGUGUUAACUCAACCCAAGCAAUUUGUAUUUGUCCUGCUCUUGAAUUGGCCACCCAAAUUUAUUCUGUUGUCAAAGGAUUGGGUCAACAUACAGGAAUUAAAAUCUAUGCCGCUCUCAAAGGACAAGAAAUUCCAAGAAAUUUGACUGAUCAUAUUGUGAUUGGUACACCUGGUACAGUUAAUGAAAUGAUUAGACGUAGAUCUAUUAAUACCAAGACUGUCAAAAUUUUGGCUGUUGAUGAAGCAGACCAAAUGUUGGAAGAAGGAAAUAGUCAAUUACGUGAUCAAACUAUUUUAAUCAAGAAGGGUUUGCCUGAAAAAUGUAGAGUAUUACUCUUCUCUGCUACAUUUAAGGAAGAAGAUGAUGACAAGGAAGGUGCUGAAAAAGAAAAGAAAGUAUUGGAUUUUGCUGAAAAGGUUGUACCACAACCUCUGAAGACAAUCUUGAUACCUAAGGAAAAGCUUACAUUGAAGCACAUGAAACAAUUUGUUGUUAAAUGUGUAGAUGAAACUCAAAAGAUUCAAGUUAUUAAGGAUAUCUACGAAACACUCAAAGUUGGACAAAGUAUUAUUUUUGUCAACAGUAAGAAUUAUGCUGAAAAGUUGGCCAAUGUUCUCCAAGAAAACAAAUUUACUGUCAGUGUCACUCAUGGUGGUUUAGAUCCAGAAGUCAGAAAGAAGGUCAUGUCAGAAUUUGUUGCUGGUACAGCCAAGGUUUUGAUUACAACAAACGUUCUUGCUCGUGGUGUAGAUAUUGCCACAGUUACACACGUAAUUAACUUUGAUCUUCCAGUUGUCUAUGAUGAAAAAACACCUGGAUCAGACCGUGAACCAGAUUAUGCCACUUAUUUGCAUCGUGUUGGUAGAACUGCUAGGUUUGGUAAGAAGGGUUAUGCCAUUAAUAUUUGUAGAGAUAGAGAAUACCGUAUCAUUGAAGCUUUCAGAAAGAAUUUACAAGCUGAAAUCAAAGAUGUACCACCAGAAGAUCUAGAUGAACAUAUUAAAUAAAUCAUUAAGUUAAACUAUGUACAUUUUCCU